AUGUCACGCUUACGCAGCAACACUUCUGUUUCACGAAUUCCACGCCGGGCAGAGAUCUACCAUGAUGAAUACGAUUCCGAUGUGAUCGAUCUAUUGGAUCUGAUUGAUCCCGAAGUCCGUACAAUCGGUACUUUGACGAAUUUGCAAAACUCCCUCUUCGUACCCGAUCUUGGUAGCCUGGUCAACCGUCGACCCACAUAUGACCUGACCUCUCGCCAUGAUCGAAUCGAGAGGCCUCGAAAUGCGGAUUCCACCCGUCAGGAGCGGGUCGAGAUGGAUGACCUGACCUCGGAUCAAGGCCCUCAGCGACGGUUAUCGAUCGGUUCGGAUCUGAGUGAUUCACGGUAUGCGGUCCUCCCUCAUGGCGUGUCACUUGAAGGAUGGAACGAGGAAGACAUCGAAGAACUCAACGACCAUGUCCGACAUCUUCUACAUUCCCGCCGAGAAGGGUUCAAACGCAGCUGGAAGGGCUUCAAGAAAUACAUCAGCCGACCUUUGGGGCUCUUUGUUUUCAUCUACGCCACCUCGGUGACCUUGUUCGGUACCGCUUGGGUCUUUGCACUCAUCGGUUGGAUCUAUGUGGGCAACGAAGAGCGACAGGACUACAUCAUCGACGUGAUCGACAACGUCCUGGUCGCCUUUUUCGCGCUCAUGGGCGAUGGUCUCGCGCCGUUCCGCGCCGUCGACACCUAUCACAUGUGCUUCAUCGCACAUUAUCAUCACCUCACAUGGCGGCUCCGACAGGAGAAGCAACUCCCCGAGCUCGUCGACCACAACGACCUUCCCGACCGGCAUCCCUCCAGCGACGCCGCCACCCUCGAAGACACCAUCGUCGCCGACAUGGACAAAGGCACCGAGGAGGACCCCGCGCUCGCCGAAUACUCCGUCCUGACCGCGCGGCAACAGAAACGCCUCCAGUACCACCAGGCCAAAUUCUCCAAAUCCCACACCUUCUACAAACCCCACGAGACCUCCACCCACCACGCCUUCCCGCUCCGCCUGCUCGUCGCCGUCGUCGUCCUGCUCGACUUCCACAGCCUCUUCCAGAUCGCCCUCGGCACCUGCACCUGGUCCAUCGACUACCGCGUGCGCCCGCAGGCCCUGACCGCCACCAUCCUGGCCUGCAGCCUGACCUGCAACAUCGUCGCCGGCAUCCUGAUCUCCGUCGGCGACCACCGCACCCGCAAGAAGGACGUCCUCGAACGCAUGUUCCGCCAGGCCCUGACCGAGGAGGCGCUGAAGCGCAUGGCCCGCUCGCGCGCCCGCGGCGACGUCGCCCUCACCGUUCAGCCCGCGCGCCUGCAGAGCGGGGAGAUCAGCAACGCGGUCGAAGCCGUCACGGGCAAAGAGCUCCCCUCCUCAGCCCGCGCGGCCUCCGCCCCGGACGUCCGCAAAACCGGCUCCACGGCGUCUGAUUCAUCGCCCAAGGACCCUCAUUCUUCUUCUUCUCCUUCCUCCCCCGAAACCGCUCCCCCGCCGGCAGGUCUCGCCUCGGCCAACACGUCGCAUCCUUCCGCUUCGGCGCCGGACGUCCCCUCUACAAACCCAGCCGCUCACCAACAACAACAACAACAACAACAACAACAGCAGACUCCCAUCCCCACCAUCCGGGAGACGAAGCCGAGCAUGGACAUCGACCGGACCCUCGAGGCGGAUCUCAAAGACAAGGACAUGGCGCCAUGA